CCCCCCCCCCCCCCCCCCCUCUCUCUCUCUCUCUCUCUAACUCUGCACCAGUUAGAGGGAGAGGGCCAGACCUGUUCUAAUAAACCUCAAUAAAAAGUCAUCAGGAAUCUGUCUCCUAUUGGGGGAGAGAGAGAUGGAUGUGUGCGGGGUGUCGGCGCCGGAUUGUUUCCGCAUCGACGACCUUCUGGACUUCUCCAACGACGAGCUUUUCCCCGCCUCCACCGCUACCGCCGCCGCCGCCACCGACUCCGACCUAUGCCACCACCACCAGCUAUCCCCGGACAACAAUUGCACGUCCGGCAGCCACCAAUACUUCAGUAGCAUUGCCCCUUGUCCCGACCAGUCCACUGAUUUCACUGACCACCUCUGCGUCCCAAACGACGAUGUAGCCGAGCUCGAGUGGCUGUCGCACUUCGUCGACGACUCGUUCACCUAUUUCCCGGCCGAUGAGUUCCCCGGCAUAGAGAACCGCACCUCCGAAACUUCAUCUCACGGCCGGUCACGUAGCAAACGGUCCAAAGCAGUGUCAAAGAACAACGGAUGGGCUUCCUCCACGGAAUCUGACGCGACGAUUAUCCAAAAAACAAAGGCGAACGCUGCAAUCGCAAGGAAAAGAGAGAGCUCGUGGAGUUCGUCGGGAAUUACCGAAGAUUCAAGAUCACCGUCGGAGACGUCGGAGGCGGUGCCGCGUCGAUGCACGCACUGCUCCUCGGAGAAGACGCCGCAGUGGCGGACCGGACCGCUAGGGCCGAAAACGCUCUGCAACGCUUGCGGCGUACGCUACAAGUCUGGACGCCUCGUGCCGGAAUACCGGCCGGCGGCGAGCCCGACCUUCGUGCUGACGCAGCACUCGAACUCUCACCGGAAAGUGAUGGAGCUGCGGCGACAGAAGGAGACUCUCCGGCAACAGCAACAGCAGCCGCAGGAGGAGCAGCACCGACAGAUGUUCCAUCACCACCACAACUUCGAGGUGUGCUGACGCCAGCCGCUGUCGCCGUGUCUUAUCUUCACAUCCGUGUAGUACUGCUGGUACUCUUCCCCGGCCGUGUUUACUGAUCGCCUAAAUUAUCCAGAAACUUUUUCUGAUUUUCUUUCGCUUUCCCUCGUAAAAUUUUCUCGGGAAAAAAUCAUUCCAGAGUUUUCCUGAA